CUCGGUUAACCCAACUGUGGUAUAUAGCCAUGGAAGUCAGAGGGUGUCCGUUCGCCACGUACCUGUAAACAAAAUUAGUCAUGCCUGUCAUAAAUGUACAGGGAUAUGACUGGAUUAACUCUGAGAAGGAGCGGUACCCAGUCAUCUGGUCAGCCUACAAUGGAGACCUCGAUGGACUUGGACAACAUCUGAGACAGGUAAAGGACGUUACAGAGGUGAAGGACACCAAAUCUGAUACGUCCCUCCUGGGUUGGGCAGUGGUCGGGGACCAAGUGACCAUCAUCAAAUACCUGAUUGACCGAUACCCACAGCUGUUAACGUUAACCAACAAGUAUGGUGCCAGUCCACUCUUCUUGUGCUCUGUAUCAGGCAACGUGGACAUGUUCAAACUGUUUGUAAAGAAAGGGUUGUCUCCACACAGGAGAAUUGUUCACUUAGACACUGUCCUCAUGUUAACAGCAGCCAGAGGCCACCGUAGCCUCACACGCCAUAUCGUCGAAACCUACCCUGAUAUGUUGAGGAAAAUAUCAAAUAAUAAUAUGGACGUGUUUCUGUAUUCUUGCUACUCUGGAAGUGUCGACAUGUUUGAUUACAUGUUACAACAUAACCUUGACCCCACAGUGUCGGACAUUGACGGAAUCAACUGUCUCAUGAUCGUAGCAUGGUGUGGUCACGAAAUACUUCUGAGGUACAUUCUGGAAAACGCAAGUAGAUUUAAAAUCAACAUUCACGCAACUGACGUUGACGGUCAUUCUCCAAUUUUGUAUUCUAUGAAGGGAAAUCAUCUAGAUAUUGUUGACAUACUGGAGAGAUAUGGUGUGGAGCGACCUAUUUUUUUUAAAAUGCUGAUAUCUGUACCUAUGAAACUGUUCCGUAAAUGGCGAAGAGAGUCGGGAAAAGAAGUGGGACCACAGAAGGUGAUCGAUGAUUAUCUAAGGCUUUUCUCCGGACCAAAAGAAAAGUACAGACACAUCCGAGUAGUGUUUGUUGGACCAGAGAAUGUAGGUAAAACCACGCUCUGUCUUCGACUCCAGGGCAGAGAUGUGGACAUCAGCGCUCGGCGCCCCACCCUGGGGGCCGAGCUCUUCUUACAACUGUAUGAGAUAGGCUGGGACAGCAAGAGAUGGGCACAACUUGAUACGGACAGACCGGAAGUAGUUAUCUACAAACGGUUAGGAGGAAUACUCAGAAAUACAACUGGAGUCGAGGACAACACGGGUAACAACGAUGCACAAACCCAAGCACUACCUUCCACUGCUGAUACGGGCCCCAUUACAGCUGAAUCUAAACACGAAAUUCAAGAGCUGUCGUCCACUGCUGAUACGAGCUCCAUCACAUCGGAAAAAGAGAAGCAACCAAAACCUGUUUCAAGACGAACGGCUUUAGUGAAAGUAGUGGUAGCGGCUUUAAUGAUAGUAGUGGUAGCUAUUAUAGCCUUUACAACCGGUUCCAGUGUCUUAUCUGCAAUCAGCACAUUGGGGUUAACAUUGGCGCAGAUCUACAACAAGCUACAAGAAUACAUUUUGCAACAUCAAUUUGUGAAUGAUAGUGCUUUACUCAUCUUCUCCGUCCUUUUGGGUAAAUGGCUGUUUUGUGUAACUGGCGCUAUGGUUGGCAUUUGUUAUGGAGUUGGCAAUAACGUCAUGCUGCCAUAUUUCCGUGUCGUUCUGUGGGCGAUCCUCCUAGCUGUCGGUGUCCGACGAAUCACAGAACGUAUAUUUAAAGGUAAUCAGGAGAGACACAAUAUUAACCGGAAAAUGGCCGAGAUCACACGUGAAGACGAGUCGGACGAGGUUUACCAUCAGUCACGCCAACAAGAUGAGGGCGUGGCCUUCCUGUCCAUGUGGGACAUGGGCGGGGACCUGGCCUUCCAGGCUACCAACUCUGUGUUCGUCAGCGCCCACGGAGUCUACAUCGUCACAUUCAGGGCCAUAGACUACUUCACUGACGACAUGCAGAUGGUAAGACUGAAAAACUGGGUCCGUAACAUCGGAGCCUACUCUUCCCGCGUGUACAAUCCGAGUAAACAGCGCCCACAUCAUCCACCGAUCAUCGUGGUUGGCACACACAUGGACCAGGUCAACAUCAGGUUUGAGAAUGAAAGUCCUGAGGAGAACAAAACAAUGCUGGAGAACAUGCGGAUAGACAUAUGUAGCAUCACUGAACUUACACAUGUAAAGAAAGCAGAAGGGUUUGUGUUUCUUAGAUUUUGCGAGGUUGAUAACUCUAUUGACGAUGACCCAGCAUUGGCGAAGAUCAAGGGACAUAUCCUGGAAGCAGCGGCCUACCAGGACCAGUGGGAACGUGAACUGCCAGCGACGUGGCUCGCCCUGGAGAGGGAGAUUCUGAAAAAACGGAAAUGGAAACACGUUUUGACAUUUCAAGAGAUCCAAGACAUGGAUGUACAGUGUGAAUCUUCUAUUGGUGACGAGGAGGAAAUCAAGAUGUUUCUUGAGUACCUUCAUUCAACAAGAUCUGUACUGUAUUAUCGAAAGUAUGGAAAAGUGAUAAUUAACCCACAGUGGGUCAUCAACGCUUUCCGGGAAAUCCUCACGGACGAAAAGUUCCUCCCUACCGACGACCUCCUCCUCAAAGCUGACCUCAUCAAAUACACAAGAAACGCCAUCCUGACAGUAAAUCUAGCAAAGAUGCUAUGGCAAUCUAAAGAAGAUAAUUCGUACAUUCAGCAUGUCGACAUUCUAUUCGCCUUCCUUGAAGAGUUCGGUCUCCUGGUAAAGGCGUGUCUUGGUCAGGACAUGGAGGGGAAACCACUAUACGAUGAUGACUACACCGUACCGAGCAAACUCCAAAAGGCACCAGACAUGUAUCAAAUCUCAAAUGUUCUCAAGGGAGAAGUUUGUUCACGAACACUGUGCUUCGUAUUUGAGGAUGCAUUUACUCCCCAGGAAUUGUUCGACCGGAUAUACGCCGGAAUCAUCAAGACGUUCAGACUAGCGGAGAAAACGUCCGGAAAUAGUCCCAACCGGGAACUGCAAGUUCUACGCGUCUACAAAGGUCUUGGCUGCUUCAAGAUAGACGAUCUCUGUAACAUGGUCGUUAGGAUGCAGUGGGAACAGUCUAUGAUAGCGGUCACGCUGUUUACGACUUCAGAACCACAGAUUCCUGACGACACCGGGAGGAAGGUUAGACAGAAACUGGAGACAAUCAUACAACACACUCUAGAGGUUAGCCGCCAGGAACACCUGGAGUACAGGUACAAACUUCACUGUAGAUUCUAUCUGAAACCUUCCGACAAUCCGCGAGAGGAAGACGGGAUAGUUAGGACAGUGAGCGGACUGCCCUGUCAGGGGGAAGACUGUUCAGGGAAACACACUCUCACAAAACGUGACUGGCACGUAUGGUUUCCAGUUCCCUCUGAGACAAAGGUAACUUACCAGAAUAUAGAGAGCGGUAUCACAACUAGAUCAUAUGCUAGCAAGAUGCUGACUGACAAGGGUCUACAGGACAAAGUUGCAGAAAAGCUUGGAGCAAAUUGGGAAUGCAUUCUGAUGUACCUAACCGUUGAAAGGAGCAAACUUGACAGGAUAAAAAUGGAUCAUCCGAAUUGUGCCCUCGUCCAGAUAACGACAGCGUUGAUUCACUGGCGAAACACCUAUCCCGCACACAAGUCAGAGACGGAAAUGUUGGGAGAUAUAUCGGAGGCUUUCCGAGAAUUCGGGGUCAACAGUGACGUCGAACCUCUCUCUGUUUUUGACAGGAAUGAUUAUCCUUCUUCCUAAGCCUAGUGUCAACUAUAAUUUCACAAUAGUUUACUGUCCUUUCCUCGGUAAAAGCAUAACAGUCUGACAUAAUGGCGUUUUCACAGCUCAAUCCAGGUCGGAACGGUAACGUGCUAGUGAUCACACUCGAAGUUGUUAAAAACUUAGCAAGUCCCCGGAGUCGUUCAGGUAGAAAAAAACUUAUUUGCCAGUAAUGCAGUAUUUCCCACAUAUUCCGCGGCUGCUACAGUAUCCCCCCCACCCCCCAAGACGUUUCGCCCCGAGACUUGACCUGGGGAAUCCAAUCGGUCCUCCCUUGGUCUCUUGUUUAGGUAUCCCAGGGUCUCGAUGCUUGUUUUCCUACUUUAUUCUGGUCAUGAAUUGCAAUGGAAUGGGGCAAAAAUCCUAUCGAGAGCCUUUUUCCUAAGAUCAUAUAUCACGUAUAUAAACAUACAGGUUGAAGACAUGGAAAGUCAUAUAAGAAAAGAUCAAUCAAGAGAAAAAUAGUUGAUUCUCUCACAAACUGUAGGACAGAUGUAAAUAUACACAUGCCAUCCGAGAGGGUUUAAUAUUCUCCACAAAAUUAGCCGAAGAGUUAUUGACCGGUUUGCCCGUAAUGUAUGUAUGAGUGAAUUUCUGUGAAUUUAAGUAUAGAGCACAUGUUGUGUAUUUCAAUUCUACAAAUAUAUACAAGCUGUGCUAACCACUGA